UGAAAGUAACACUUGCCCGACGCAAGGCCAAAGAGUUGAAUUUUCAGACACCGCAACGCCAAAAAAGAAUAAUCAAAAUGAUUUAAUAUUAAGCGGUUGACGGAUUUUUUCGACGUGUCGAAAUCCGUUUAUAGUUAGUUACUUGAAAGUGCGGAGAAACGAAAAUAUUUAAAAUUGCAACAGUAAACACAAAUGCCCGAGGCAUUGAUUCUACCUGGUAUGGCUGACGCAGAGCCGGACUUAUCAACGUUCGAGAACAAAACAGGGCUCGCCGAGGACAUGAAGUUUCUGGCAUCGAUGCCGGAGCUUUGUGAUGUAACCUUCCUCGUGGGCGACACACGUGAGCCCGUGUGCGCCGUCAAGGCUGUGCUUGCCUCUCGUUCCCGCGUAUUCGCCAAAAUGUUGUACGCUGCGCCAUCGCCGCAACGCAAACGCGAGACCUCGACCAAGGAGAACAAGUUGCGCUUGUUUCUGAAACGCUCCUCGGAGCCCUUGUUGAAUCUACAAAAUGCCGCACAACAGAGAACCGGUUUCACCCAACAAUUAGCUCCGAUACCCGAGCCCUCAGGUCAGCAACAUCAGACCUUGAUUAUCGAGGAAUUCGAGCCGGAUGUUUUUCGCCAGCUUAUCGAAUACAUUCAUACUGGCUGCGUUACAUUGCAACCUCGCACCCUUCUGGGGGUGAUGAAUGCUGCCGAUUACUAUGGUCUUGAGGAGCUGCGCCGUGCCUGCGCUGGCUUUGUGCAAUGCUGCAUUAACGUGGACACGGUGUGCGCCCUGUUGGCAUCAGCCGAGCGCUAUAUACAGUAUAAGUGCACGAAGACGCUGGUGCAGAAGGUUCUAGAGUUUGUCGAUGAGCAUGGCAAUGAGGUUCUUAACUUGGGCAGCUUUACACUGCUCCCGCAGCACGUGGUGCGUUUAAUUUUGGCACGUGAAGAGUUACGAGCGGAUGAGUUCACCAAGUUUCAGGCUGCGCUUAUGUGGAGUAAGAAGUAUUACGAUAAUAACCCGAACAUCGAUAUCAAGGAAAUACUGGGCACAUUUCUGGAGUAUAUACAGUUUCAUAAAAUUCCCGCCAAUGUGCUUAUGCGUGAGAUUCAUCCUCUUGGUCUGGUACCCUAUUCAAUGAUCAUGAAUGCGCUGGCCUACCAGGCAGACCCAGAAAGCAUCGACCCCGGAAAGCUGUCUCCCAACUCUAGCCGACCGCACGCCUCUGGUCGCCAUCGUCACCAUCAGUCCCUUCCCAAGAUACGCAAGGCUAAGUCACAAAGUUUUAGGACUCGUCGCAGCCCUUCCGAGCGGCGUAGUCCCAAUGCGUCGACAACUACGGGUCUAACACUCAACACCUUGAUCGCCAACGGUGAUAAAAAGCGUAGCCCCCUCACACCCAAGAGCCCUAUACUACCACAACCCGAAUCCAAAAGUCCUGGAAGCGCUUCGCAGAAAACAAUCACAACAUUAUCCCGCCAGGGAACGCUUCGAGCGUCUACGAGACGAAAAAAUAGCGGACAGCUUGCCAUUUCGGUGAGCUCGCAAGGUCGACGGAGUCCAGUGGGCCUAAACGAUCGCAGUCCACAAGGCAAACGCAGUCCUCUCUUCCCCAGCAGUGGUCUAAAGUCCCCAAACAGUCCAACGGCUCGCAGUCCCACCGGAGACAGACGCACCAGUCCAACGUUCAGCAUUCAUACCCAGGAACGCCGUUCGCCGUUGGGUGCGGCUGCACCCACAGAUUUCGGGUGCCAAACAGCCACUUCGCGACGUAGUCCCACGUCGACGGUGCACGUACAGGACAUGGCAACGGAACCGGAAGAGACGGGUUUUGUGGGAAUAAAGAGGCCUUCAAUAAAUCUCUUCACGCCCAUAUAUUUCAGCGGAGACAAGCGUAGUCCCAUAGGACCUAUUCCACCAAUUACGGUAUCUAAUCCUGCAGAGACGUAUAAAAGUGCUGCUGCGGAGGCGGCACGUGAACGAGAGCGACAAGAAGAGGCGGCGGCCUUGCGCGACAAGGAGAAGGAGGGGCAGACGCAGCCAGAGAAGAAGGAACGUACAAGCGUGAUGCGCGAGAUUUUGGCAUUUGUGCGUAAACCAUCGAAGCACAUUUCCACUCGCACCAACCGCUUUGCCAAUGCCUUCACCCGAGCCGAAUCCGGCUCGUCUAGUGGGCCGCUCAUACGUCAGAGCACGUUUUCGGCCAGUCCGGCCGCUUCGUCGACGGCCGCAAAAAGUGCCGUUGUCAAGCAAAUGUCCGAAGUUGGCUUCGAACCGAAGAUGUCAUCGAAAUUCGCACACUACACGAAAAUGUCGCUGAAGCUACGAAGAUCUGCACGACGUGAAGAGGAGGAAAAACAGAAGCAACAACAACAGCAGCAGCAGCAGCAGCAGCAACAACAACAGCAGCCAUGUACAUCGACAGCCGGUUCUAAGCGAGCCAGCGCAGAUUCCAAUGCGGGCAAUCUAGACCCACAGGUAGGUCGUACCUCCGGACGUGCUUCACCGUUAAGUGAUCUACCAUUCGAAUUGGCGAAUGUGCACUUUGAAAAGGUAGGUGAGUCUUAUAUCAAGCAUGAGCGUUUGCGUGAGAUCGACGAGCCAGCGAUCGAAACAGAAGUGGAAACUGAAGAACAGACAGAAAUAACUACGGUUAACACCGAGGAUGUAGCAAUGGCCCAGUUCGUAGAGGAGGUGACUAAUUCUCUGAAGGUAGUGGCUCUCACUACCGACGGGGCACCAAUUACGCAUCAUUUCACACGUCGGUCCGAAAGUCGAGAGCCCAUUGAACCACGCAUUAGCGAAGAACGUGAAUCAGACUCCAAUGAUUUGGUCAUACCCGAAGAUUUUCGCGUUGAGCUCGUAGAGAUUUUGAAAGCCUAUCCGCCAGAACCAGUUUAUGUAAAUCUGCAGGUACUGCGGCGUGAAACAGAAGAGGUUGUCGCGGUUGAGGCUGCAGCUGCAGCGGCGGCCGCAUCACCGCCCGAGAAACAAAAUAAACCGCUGCAGUGUCCUACUAUUGAGUUUGAACCGCCUUCGCGACGUUCUUCCUUUGAUCCACCGCGUUCGCCUUUUCUUGAAAACCUGCGCAGUCCCGGCGGUGAUACAGACACGGACCUGAUCAAUUUACAGCGUUUAGAUUCUGGCGGCGAUAGCUUCGAGAUGGUUGAAGGCGAUCGGAAGUCUAGCCGCGCAGAGUCCAGCUUUGAUUGUCCCUACUCAUCGCGCGAUACUAGCUUUGACAUAUCAAUAUCACGAUAUCAAUCCACCAGCUACGAGGAUCAGACCUCUAGUUUCGAGAUUGUCGACACAGAUGAGCGCAAGCGACAUGUUGAUUUGCGCAAGUCCUCCAUUGAGCUGGUGGACGCUGAAACUUUUCAACGUUCAGGCUCUUCCUGCGGCCGCAAGUCCUCACUUGAGACGCACUUUGAUUAUACGCCUUCGGAAGCGAGCGGCAUCACGCCAGCGCGCUCUCCGAACUUUCCAAUGACUAAGAAACAGAAGACCGAAACUUUUCGUUCGUUACACAUUUCACCCUUCAAUGCCUUCUCGCGCGCCCGCAGCCCCCUUUCGCAACAGACCUCCUCUAACUAUAGCUCGCGCGACAGCUACGACUCCAGCUCGUCCUACCCACACUCAGCACAUAGCCAUGAGCCGCAGCGCAGUCCCUAUGCUGAUCCCACCAAGAAGCACUUCCCCCUUACAAUCAAGCAACGCGAGGAAGAGGUGAAAACCUUCCUGUGCACGGAUCAGCGUUGCGCUUCCAUUUUUGAACCGCGACCCAGUUCAGUAUUGACACAACAGCUCUCCACCGGAUCCAUGUCCACACCAUCAGGCUACACAAAUGGCACGCCCCGUAUACCCAGUGCAGUUGGGAACAGUGCCGUUGUCGGACCAACUGGGGUUGGUGGUGCGUCCACAACUUGCGGUUUUUCCAGCGGCAGUGAAUUUGAGCCACCUUCGCCGCGACGUGCGGCCAGCGCCUCACCCAAACACACCUUCACCUUUCGCAUUGUGAUGAAAAAAGUGGACAGUUCACCCGAGGCGUUAUGUCCGGAAAGACAUCGAUCACGAAUUAUUGAUCGCUAUAGGCGUCGAGACAGUCGUCGCAAACGUAUUCACGAUGCAGGCAAAAGCUUCUAGGCGACCUUAGACGGGUCGCAGAUGCGCAUAUCAUAAUAUUCUAGAUAGAAAUAAUUUUGACGAUCGCUGUAAAGCAGUCCGUAGUUAGGCAAUUUCUUAAAGGAAAGCAAUGUAAGCAAGACGCUUUCUAAUUAAGCAUAGCCCUAAGGUGAAAUUGUGUUUGAAUUUUUUAUGAUAGGUCCCUGUUCCAUGGAACCAAGUUAACCUGUCCAAAUUAUCGUCGAUAAGCCGUUAGAGCCAGAAGGCGUUAGUUUCUAGCGUGAACCUAAAGCUUUUUUGCAUCGCAGUAUUAGCUGCUAUUGAUUUUCUGUAAGAUAGUGAUGUGAACUGUGCUAUCGCGUUAGGUAUUACGGCAAGUUUGACGCAGGCAGUUGAAUAUGGCAGUUGACUUUGGACCUUACCCCCAGAGUAAUAGGAAGAAAAAAAGUAAAUGUUUAACUUUCUGAAAUGUUCUUUCAUCAUAAACCCAUACUUGUAUAUUUAUACUAUAUCACAAACUAUUAGUAGGACUAUCGCUUUUUCGCUGCUCAUCGACAUAUUAAUACAGGUGGAAUUUAAAAAAUAGCUAGCUAGAAAAAAAAAACACUUUAGCCCACACACCACCGUUAAAACCUCAUACUGUCUUAUGAAGGAAAUUCAAAAAUACAAGAGUCUGUUACUCGCCAUAGAGCGGGUAGUGCAAGUCAAAUUCAUCACAGCAAUAUUGAAGUAAUAUUUUUCUACGCAAAUACAAUUUUUGACAAUCUAAAUGUUAUAUAAUCCACAAGUGUUUCUUCAUAUGUGUACUUGUAUGUGCUAGAACUAACUUGUAUCUCUUGUACGAUAACUUGUUGGGUAACUUUUGUAUGCGUAUGAUUACAAUUAUGUAUAUAAGUAA